AUGCCCUUGCUUCUGAAGCCAUUGAAGUCGCUGGCGAAGCCGUUCGCGAGCAUAUCGAAGGUUUCAGCUCGACACCCAGUUCAUGUUAUCCUGGUGACAGUCUUUAUAUCAGCCCUGGCGUAUCUGUCAGUGGUGCGUAGCUACUUUAAUGGGUGGCAGCUGGAUUCCAAGAGUAUUUUCGCCAGCAACACCGACGCAGUGCAAUUGCAAGACGAAUGCGUGCACUACUUUCACGCCGGCAACGCCGAUACUUGGACGACACUGUCCAAUGACGAACUUGCAUCUGCUGCGUUUGCAGAGCACUACUACCUCAUGCAACUGGACUUCAAGACCCACAAUCAAACUGAAACGUUGCCAGACCUAGCAAACAUCGUUUCCGAGAACAACGACACCCGUUUCGUACUCCAGGAGGAUCUCACUCUACCCAAAGCACUACAAGCUACUGAUGGAACUACAUGGAGGCUCAGACCCCAUAGAUUCAGGCUCCACGACACGAAAGCUACGGUAUCGACAUUUGUAUCAUCCAUCAUCGAGAAGCUACAAGGAGCCGAAACAUUCGACGUUUUCAUCAUCGGAACAGCCUAUUCUGCUAUGAUCUACACCGUCGUCAGUCUGUUCGUCGUUAUGAAGAGGCGCACGGGGUCCAAAUUUUGGAUUGCACUUUCUGCUGUUGCUUCCUCCACUAGUGCUCUUUUCUUGGCCCUGUACACAAGCCAGGUUUUGCUUCAGAAAGCUGUUACAAUGCUGAGUUUGAUCGAGGGUGUGCCCUUCAUCGUUGUCAUUGUUGGCUUCAACCAUAAGGUGAAACUCGCUUCCUUCAUGUUGGACUAUUUCAGAAAACACGGCAUCUCUCAUCAAUGCGAUACUUCAGCUCUUGUCUACUUGGCGGUGAAAGAAGAAGGUGGCCGUCUUCUCCAAGACCAUCUGUUGAGCCUAAUUGCCUUCGUCGGUGGGGCCUUAUACGCUCAUGACUUAGAUGUCUUGAGAAACUUUUGCAUUUUGGCCUCACUGGUUCUGAUUUAUGAUUUACUUUUGACUUGCACUUACUACGCUGCAAUUCUAGCGUUGAAGUUGGAGAUCAACAUCAUCCACCGCUCCACGGUCAUUAAGGAGACGUUAGAAGAGGAUGGUGUUGUCAAAAGUACUGCCGAAACCGUCUCUACAGCAGACAAUAAAGCCAGUGCCUCUAUUCUUACCUCUAACACUAGCAUUGUCUUCCUAAAGCUGUUUGUUGUUCUUGCUUUUGCAGGGUUCAAUCUUUAUAGCUUUGGAGCAAGGUGGACGUAUCAGACCUUCAGUGCUCUAUACUCUCAACCAUCUGGCCUUGUGCUACCAGAGUUCAUCGUCAAGAGCGUGAAGAAAGAUUAUGUUAAUGGCGUGAUCAUUUCCGUUGUACCUCCUCAAACUUACCAACCUAUGAGAGUAUACCUCCAGGUUGAGGACUUGAUUUUGUCAACUUUGCGUUACUUCAGUGUUGCGAUCCGUGACAGAUUUAUCAGUAAACUUGUUCUAUUUGCCUUGGUCACUAGUGCCUCCAUCAACAUUUACUUAUUGAACGCUGGAAGAAUCCAUACCGUAUUCACGGCGAAGCAAUUACGUCAACACAGUGCCAAAAAGAAAGCCUUUUCCAUUAAACCUAAACAAGUGGAUAAUGUGGCGAGCGAAGACAACAAACUCUCGACAUCUUCAUCAACAACCUCGAUCGAAACUAAUACGGCCAUUGAGGACGACAGUGAAAGUGAUGGCGAUGACAAGGCGGUUAGACCUCUAGAGACGCUGGUUAAUGUCAUGCAAAGCGGUGGCUUGAAAACCAUGAGCAAUAAAGAAGUUGCUUCUUUGGUCACUGGUGGAAAGUUACCAUUGUACGCUUUAGAGAAACAGCUAGGGGACACUAUGCGUGCCGUUGUAGUCCGUCGUAAGGCCCUUGCGCAACUCGCGGACGCCCCCGUUUUAGAAUCGAAUCGCUUACCUUACAAACAUUACGAUUACGACCGUGUGCUUGGCGCUUGCUGUGAAAACGUUAUCGGGUAUAUGCCACUACCGGUGGGUGUCAUUGGACCUAUGGUUAUUGACGGUGUUUCUUACCACAUUCCUAUGGCUACGACAGAAGGAUGUUUGGUCGCUUCGGCUAUGCGUGGUUGCAAAGCCAUCAAUGCUGGGGGUGGUGCUACCACCGUACUAACCAAAGAUGGUAUGACAAGAGGGCCAUGUGUUAGAUUCCCUACAUUGACAAGAGCAGGUGCUUGUAAGAUCUGGAUUGAUUCGGAGGAGGGUCAGAAUAAGAUCAAGAAGGCCUUCAACUCUACUUCACGUUUCGCACGUUUGCAACAUUGUCAGACUGCUCUAGCAGGUGAUUUAUUAUUUAUUCGUUUCAGAACGACGACCGGAGAUGCCAUGGGAAUGAACAUGAUUUCAAAAGGUGUGGAGCACUCUCUAAAGUUAAUGGUCGAAGAAUUUGGCUGGGACGACAUGCAGAUUGUCUCUGUCUCUGGUAAUUAUUGUACCGACAAAAAGCCUGCGGCUAUCAACUGGAUCGAAGGUCGUGGUAAAAGUGUGGUCGCUGAGGCAAUUAUACCAGGAGACGUUGUUCGCAAGGUGUUGAAGAGUGACGUCAAGGCUUUGGUCGAGCUUAACAUCGCUAAAAACUUGAUUGGUUCGGCCAUGGCAGGGUCUGUUGGUGGGUUCAACGCACAUGCUGCCAAUUUGCUAACGGCGGUAUUCUUGGCGUUGGGCCAAGAUCCUGCUCAAAACGUCGAGAGUUCUAACUGCAUAACGCUGAUGAGUGAAAUUGAUGGUAAUUUGCGAAUCUCGGUUUCUAUGCCAUGCAUCGAAGUCGGAACAAUCGGUGGUGGUACAAUCUUGGAGCCUCAAUCCGCGAUGCUGGACCUCCUUGGCGUCCGCGGACCACACCCAACGUCUCCAGGUGACAACGCUCGCCAGCUUGCUAAAAUCGUUGCAUGCGCGGUGUUGGCAGGAGAACUGUCGUUGUGUGCUGCUUUGGCCGCGGGCCAUUUGGUGCAGAGUCACAUGAUUCACAACCGUGGGAAAGGUGCCGCAGGAGCAGCUGCGUCGCCAUCGUCAACCCCUGCAGCGGUGCCAAAUGGCGACGUCGAGCGACUAAAAGAAGGCUCUAUCACUUGCAUCAAGUCCUAA